CGAUCGCGCGCCGCGUCGCGUUCGCUCGCUACGCCUGUGUGGCGUACAGCGUCCCGGCCAAGCGUGCGCGAGACCGGGAGUUACGUUAUUAUAGCGAGAGGGCCCGGAGCGAACCGCGACUCUCCCGUGUUGUAUAUCAUGGUGCUCCUCUCGCGCGUCGCCGUCGCCUCCUCGCAUGGCGCUUAACGAUCGCCGGCGGUGCUCGCGGAGUUGAUAGCUCUCUCGGUUACCUCUCUCGCGGAUAAUUCUUUCGCAAUCGGUCUCGCGCGAUCGCAACUCGUGACACGUUCGUGCGAUGUCGCAGAAAAGUCGACGGCAGCCGUGAACGAUUGAGGGGUUUAUUACUUCUCUACGCACGUCGGUGCAGCCACGAGCUUACGGAAAGCCUCUUCACGUCGAUCCCUCGCGGAGAUCAUGAAGACGGAAGUCGAGGACACGAGCGGCGAUGGUGCGUGCGACAGCAACGUCGGCGGUCCCAAUCUCGCCUGUCCCGAGGGCAGCAGCGGGUUAGUCGUCGGCCCGGAAACAUCGCCGAGCGUAAUGGAGUGCGGUGGUUGCGGCGAGCGGGUACGCGAGCGGACCGUCCUCUGCGUGGGCGGACGUACGUGGCACUCCAGGUGCCUGAGGUGUUGCGCCUGUGCCAGGCCACUGCACGAUCAGCACUCGUGCUUCCUGAGAGGCAUGCGAGUCUACUGCAGGCACGACUAUGCUCUAGCUUUCGGCGCGAAGUGCGCGAAAUGCGGGCGCAGCGUGGGCGCUGGAGAUUGGGUGAGAAGGGCCAGGGAAAGGGUUUAUCAUCUAGCCUGCUUCGCGUGCGACGCUUGCUCGCGUCAGCUGUCGACCGGCGAGCAAUUCGCCCUCUUGGACGCCCGAUUGCUCUGCAAGGCGCACUAUCUCGACGUCGUCGAAGGCAACAACACCUCCUCCGAUGGCGGUGACUCCGAGAGUGGCCACAAGGGUGGUAAUAAGGCGAAGCGAGUUAGAACCACUUUUACCGAGGAGCAGCUCUCCGUUCUCCAAGCGAAUUUUCAAUUGGACAGCAAUCCCGACGGGCAGGAUCUCGAGAGGAUAGCGCACGUAACCGGACUUAGCAAGAGGGUAACGCAGGUGUGGUUCCAAAAUUCAAGGGCGAGGCAGAAGAAACAUCUUCACACGGGCAAGAUGAAGGGGCAACACGUGCACCAAUCGCCUCCGAACUCCACUGCGUCGCCAAACGAUUUCGGUCGUCACAUCAACCUGCAUCUGACGUAUUCGUUUCAACAUCAGCAGCAGCAUCAGCAGCAACAGCAACCGCAGCUUAGCCCGGCCACGUGCAAGAGCCCGACGGGCUCCAUUUAUCACAAUCAUGGGUCGGAGCAGUCGAUGGACGAGCUCUCGCAAGACUCGAUGCUGCUGUCCAUGCCGAAUGAGGUUUAAUAGCGAUUAUAUUGUAAAUACACGGCGUUACUUUAAAAAGCGUCAAAGGUAGAGAGAGAUAUCACGCCUCGAGGAGAGCACUGCUCAAUGCCCGGUUAUCGUUUUAUUUAUCCUCAAGAAAAGUGGAAAUUCACUCGUCGCGCAGUUACUCUUCGAUGACGCACUUUCGAGUUACGCUCGCAACAUAUAUCUCGCGCUCUCGGUGUUAAACUUACUGGAACCAGUAUUGUUACACGUGGAAAGGUGUGUGCAUGCGUAUGAGUGUGCGUGCGUGUGAGUGUGCGCGUGUGUAUGCGUGUGAGGUGCGUGUGAGUGUGCGUGCAUGUGUAACUUCGUGUAUGCAAUUUUGAAUCGAUCUGUCUGCCUACCUCUUUCUUGAUUGUGUGUGAUAAUUUUGUACUCGUGCUUUCUUCUUCGUCUCUCUAUUCUUUCUCUCGUAUCGGUGCCCGAGGGCGUUCGAGAGGGACCGCUUUAACAAAGCCUUUAACGCGAAUCUAGGCAUAAAAGAGAGGCGGAUACGUAAGGCAUCUACUAGUUUAUUCGGAAAUGAAAUCUGUUUCUCGUCACUUGUCCUAUUAUGACUGUUCGGAUUGUAUCUAAAAUAAUCAAAGAGUUUUCGUUUUUUUUUUUUAAACAUUUUAAUUAAAAGGUCUCUCUAACAAUAAGUUUAAGUCGUAAUUUUAAAUAUAAUCAGUUCUAUGGCAUUAAGUAAUGACAAACUAAUCUUUAUAUAAUUUUCAACAUGUUAAUAAUUACAUAUCAUACAUAUACAUAUAUUGUAUUAUUAAUUAAUAUUAACAUAUCUAACGAAGGAUUAUAUGAUAAAGAUUAAAUUGUCACUUAUUUAUAAUGUCAUAAAAAUUGUGUUCCGUAUUUAAAAUUAAAAACUAAUAUUUUAACUUAUUUUAAUUUAUUAUUACAUAUUACAACUUUUUAAUUUUUAUUAUAAUAUAUGUAUAUAAAAAUCAGAAAGUUAAAUUUAAUAUGUAUAUAAAAUUAAAAAAUUAAAUAUAAAUAUUUUGACUCACAUUUACCGUUUUGUUGCUGCACGUUUAAAACUAUACGUUUUUCGACUUGUGAUUGAUGAAAACCAGUCCGUUGUACGUUCCACUGGUUUUAUUUACCUUCAUUUCAUACUUAUUGUUAGCGAGACACAUGGAAAGCCGAUUCCGUUUAUAUUUUGAUAAGGAUUCAUAAUAAAGGCACGGAAGAAAUCGUGAUCGGAAAUUCGCGGCUCGCAAUUCUGAUCGGAAUUGCGAAUAGUUGUAUAAUAAGUGCCCUAAACGCGUCGUCGACGGAAUUUCAUUCGCGUUCCGUAGCAAUGCUUGAAAUGAAAGUAUCUUUCGUAGUAAUCUCGAUAGUCGUGUAAAAUCAUUCAAUAUGAAUGUCCUGUGAUGUAAAUAUUGUAAACUAAACGUAUAUAAAUAUAUGCGAUUGCACACGUUGA